AAGACAAAGCAGCUGGUUGUGUUUCGCUGCCGUAUCGAUCGUGCUUGAGGACACACUAUUGAGAGUGAAUGCUCAUCCAAUGCAUUAUUUAUUUAUUUGACCAGCAAGUAGUAUAGGCAUACUCGACACUAACAGUAAAAUGGCAGCCUUUGAUUUUGUGCCGGUUUUGGAACGAAAUGAAGUUCCUGCAGACAUGGAAAAAAGAUAUAUAAAUCUCACUAAGAAGUUUGAAGCACAUUUUGGAUGUAAACCAACAUAUUUGUGUAGAGCACCUGGAAGAGUGAAUCUAAUUGGUGAGCAUAUUGAUUACUGUGGCUACUCUGUUCUACCAAUGGCCAUUCAGCAAGACAUUGUCAUGGCAAUAUGUACAAACCAAUCACAACAGCUACAUCUUGUAAACACUGAUCCAAAUUUCAAAUCAUUCUCUACGAGCAUCACUGGUUUUGUGAUAAAUAAAGAAAAGCCAGAAUGGCAUAACUAUGUGCUAUGUGGCUUGAAGGGGAUUGCUGAGUUUAGUAAACUAGAAAAUCCUGUGGGAUUAAAUAUCCUUGCAGAUGGUACGGUUCCUAGGAGUGCAGGGUUGUCAAGUUCCAGUGCCUUAGUCUGCUGUGCCGGCUUAACUAUGAUGCAUGCUAACAACCUGAAAAUUUCAAAGCUGGAAUUAGCAGAUAUUUGUGCAAAGUGUGAACAGUACAUUGGAACACAGGGAGGAGGAAUGGACCAAUCAAUUUGCUUCCUUGCUGAGGCAGGAAAAGCUAAACACAUAGAAUUUAACCCUCUUCGUUCAACGGACAUUGUGUUACCGUCUGGUGUCAGUUUUGUCAUCUGCAACAGUUGUAAAGAGAUGAAUAAAGCAGCCACUUCUCAUUUUAAUAGAAGAGUUGUAGAAGACCGCUUAGCUUGUCAGAUAAUGGCAAAGAAUAAAGAGUUUGAGUGGAGGAAGUUGCGACGUCUAGGCAGUCUUCAGGAGACUCUGGGUUGUUCAUUUGAGGAUAUGUUGCAACUUGUAGAGGACACAUUUAAAACUACUCCAUACAGCAAACAGGAAAUAUGCCAACUGUUAGAGGUAACGGAGGAAGAACUGAAUGCAGAGAGCCUCAGUGACAACACUCUUCAAUUGCAAGAGUUCAAGCUACAUGACCGUGCUAAACAUGUCUUUAGUGAGGCAAGUCGUGUCCUUCAGUUUAAAAAGGUCUGCAAUGAGGCUCAAAAGGACGCUAAUAUUUUACUGGGAAACCUCAUGAAUGAAAGUCAUGCAAGCUGUAGAGAUCUGUAUGAGUGCAGUUGCCCUGAGCUGGAUGAAGUAGCCGAGGCUUGCAGGAAAGCUGGAGCAUUUGGAGCAAGACUGACGGGUGCUGGAUGGGGUGGAUGUGCUGUUGCAAUAGUUCUGACCAAAGAGGUUCCAGAUUUUAUCAAAUCAGUCCAUUCCACAUUCUACAGUGUAAACGCAAAGCGGGAAGAAAAUAUUAAUGAUAAACUGUUCGCCACUGAGCCUGGUAAAGGUGCUGUCAUCUACAAAGUCUGAUAUUAGAACAUAUCCAAAAAUAGUUCUUUUGUGAUUGGCUGCUAGUAAUUAAGAAAUGAGCAGUGGUUUGUUAUUAAAUAUGAAAUAUAAGAGGCUUAUGAUUCGCAGCUACCAGUUUUAAUUGUACCAGUAUGAAAUAUGUGGAAGAUUUUUAAUGCAUAACAUUGAUGGGUCACAUUUAUAAUUUUAACUUUUUACAGAACUUCCAACAGCAGCAAUUUAUCUUUCAUCUUUUAAAUGUAUUCAAAUUAAACUAAAAUCUUCUAUUUUUUCCAAAUUAUAUAUGAAUCAGAAGUUAUAUACUGUACAUACAAAAUUGUACAUCCUCUUAAUUAUCCUGAAAUGGAGUUUCCAAAAUAGAUUGUCUGUUGAUAUUACAGAACGUUUUUUUUUUUUCAAAGAAAAACUGAAUACAUGUUUCAGUAUUAAUUUCAGAGUACCUCAUAUUUGUAAAAGUAUAGCCCAUUCUACCUUUUUUGUCUCAGCAGAAACAGUGUGAAAUGGCCAUCCAAACUGUUUUCAAGAAAUAAGAGUUGUUAAUAAUUUUAAACUUAAUAUUAAAGAACGGUAUCUCACUUUCUUUGAAUUUCUGCAGAUAUUAUUCUCUUGAAGACGAUUAAAGCAACUCAAUCAACACGUCGAAACAUUCUCAACCAACAACAGUUCUUUUUAGAACUAUCUACAUAGUGUACCACAAGCAUUAAUAUAUAAUAAAUAAUAAUAAUAAUAAUAAUAAUAAUAAUAAUAAUAAUAAUAAUAAUAAUAUAUUUAUUUAACCACAGUAACACUCAAUUCAACAGUAAAAUUUCAUAUAUAAAAAUUACAACGUUGUUCUUCCGUGGACAGUUAAAAUCAUAAGAACAUAAAAGUACAAAGCAAUUAAAGUCACAGAAGAAUGGCACAUGACAAUCAAAGUUUUUAAACAAAUUUACAAAAGGAAGACAAUAUAUAGAAGGGGAAAAUGAUCCACUGAAACAGAAAGCACUAGGCUGGAUUUGAACAUUUUCUUUUAAAAUCAAGUAGUACUGAAACAGAAAGCACUAGGAUGGAUUUGAAAAUCAAGUAGAGAGAUGUAUUUGCUUAAGCUGUUUUUAUGGUAAAAUUUUAUCAUUUAUUUAAUUCUUAGAAAUUUUAAACUUUUACAAUUUUUUUCAUUUUUUUUAAAUCGUAAAAAAUUUAAACGUGUCAAACUUUAAUGUUUUAAACUUUUAAAUUGAAUUUGUACACUUCAUUGAAAUGAAUUGUAUCUUCCAUUUUUUUUUUAUCUAAUUUUAUUCGUCUUUGCCGUUUUUUUUUUAUCUUGCUGAUUUUUUACUUCUGUGUUUUGUAUUCUCUUUUUUCAAAUGUAAGGACCCCAGUGGAAAUAAGGUUUCUUUUUUACCUUUCUUGAUCCUGAAAUUUGCUAAUGAAGUUUCCAAGAUAGAAUCUAUCUAUUUUGUUUACUUAGUUUAAAGUUUCUGUGGUAGCAGAUAUGGCAGUGCGUAAAAUCUUGAGGUCGUUAGUUCGAAUCUCUAGCUAUGCAUUUCACUUGAGUACUAGCAAGCCAUUACCUCUUAACUUUGCCUAUUUUCACCUUGGGUUAUAAAAAGGUUACGUAGGAUGGUUUGGCAAUGAAUGUGUUACUGUACAGUAGUCUGCACAAUGCAUCACGUAGGUUACUCGAGUCGAGAAGGUUGCACAAGUUGACCGGCUUGCAAAUAUGGAUCCACAUGACCAGGGAUCAUCGCCAGAGCCUUGUGUUAUUCCUUGGCAAGAGAUGUAUGAAUUCUUCCUAUGUUGUCACUCGAUUACAGAAAUACCUCAGAAUACAUUGUUUUGGCUACAGGUAUUCAUUAAUCAUAAAUCAUCAUGAACAAAAACGUAUCGAUAUAUUUUCUUUAUCUCAUUGAAAUUCCGAAGAAUUAUUUAAGCUAUUAUAUAUCAUAUUGAUGGAAUUGAUAUUUUAUAACUAAUAAAUAAAAUAAGGUCACAGAUGGA